AAUGGGAAGUGUUAAUGUUUGCUGACUUAUAUAACUGUGAAUGUAAAGCACUUGGAAGAGGAACUUAUCAUCUGAUAUAAAUCAUGACGUUAAACAGAGCUUCAGAUACUUCAAGAGAAACAAAGAAGAACUGAAUGUACAGAUACCAGAGAAGAUGAUUGAAUACGAGAGAAGAAUGAAGAUGAUGUUGACUUUCACACUGCUGAUGAUUCCUGGAGCUCUGAGCUUCAGUGUGACGGGAUAUACAGGAGGAGCAGUCACCAUCACAUGUCCAUAUGACAGAGGAUAUACAAGAAAUGAGAAAUAUUUUUGUAAAGGUCAGAAGCCAGUUAUACCAAGGCCUGGAUGGUGUUCUGACGUCAUCAGGACUGAUGUUAAAGAUGAAUGGGUUGAGAGUGAAAGAUUCUCUCUGUAUGAUGACACAACAGCAUCAGUCUUCAAUGUCACCAUCACUGAUCUGAAUGAACAUGAUUCAGACACAUACCAGUGUGCAGUUGAUAUAGAUUACAGGAAGGAUAUCUACACCGAAGUGAAGCUGACUGUUAGAGAAGAGCAAAGCUUUGAAGAAAACACACAUCCAUCAACACCACCACCAUCUUCAACAAUUGAAACUUUAUCUACUACACUAAACACCCGGCCAUCAGCGUCUGAUUCUCCAUCUGCUUCUUCUGAUAUCUUGAGCCACUCGUCUGUGAUCGUCAUCAUCAUCAUUGUGUGUGUGCUUGUGCUUCUGAUCUUCACUGGACUGCUGUUAUUCAUUCUGCUUUACUGCAGGAGAUGUUCAGCUCAAGAUGCUGAUUCAGACGGUAAAAUGUCUCAUUCAGGACCAGGAAUCUAUGAAUCGGUUACUGAAAUCACUCUUGGUUACGAGGAGAUUAAAGACAUCAGACGUCUGACAGGAACCAUCACAGACUGCAAUACUACACCAUUACCCACAAUCCCCUCUGAUGCCCCGCACACUGUUUACCAUACGGUUCAAUUACCCACAAUCCCCUGUGAUACUCUGAACAUUUUUUAUGCUACUCCCCAAUUUCCCACAAAUGGCUCUGAUGCUUGUAAAACUGUUUAUGAUACUGUACAAUUACCCACAAUCCUCUCUGAUGCUCCUAACACUGUCUAUGCUACUGUUCAAUAGCGCACAGGUCGUGUCCAGAAAUACAGAGAGGACUGUCUAUUUGAGUCAGAAAAUGAACACAACAAACAUAUUCUAGUAAUUCUAUUGGCUCUCCUGUAGUCACGUGUCUCCUGUAGUCACAUUCACAUCACUGCAGUCACCACUAGAGGA